AUGAAUAAUUUAGUUAGAUCAUUAUCAAAGAAGUGUGUCGGAUACACUGCCAAUGCCACCACUGCAAACCCAGUAGUUUUCAAUGGUGCCAGAUCUUUUUCAUCGGUUGUUAACAACAGCUUGAACAUCAAGCAACAAAAACAACAAAACCAAUAUGAAAAUAGCAGCAGCAGCAGUGGAUUCAGAGUAUCACGUCCAUUGGCCACUACCAACAUUUUUGGUAAAUCAAAUGUUGAAAAGAUGAAUUUAUAUUUCGGACAACAACAACGUUCGUUCAGUUCCAGCAUUGAAAAGAUUAGAAACGUUGCCAUUAUUGCACAUGUCGAUCACGGUAAAACUUCACUGGUUGACCAGUUGCUCCGUCAAUCGGGAACCUUGAAGGACGAGCAAACCGAGCGUGUCAUGGACAGCAAUGCUCUGGAAAAGGAGCGUGGUAUCACCAUUAUGGCCAAGUGCACCAGUCUUUCAUAUAGCAACCACAAGUUGAAUAUCGUCGAUACACCGGGUCACGGUGAUUUCGGUGGUGAAGUCGAGCGUGUACUCUCCAUGGUCGAUGGUGUCGUCCUCUUGGUCGAUGCCACCGAAGGUCCAAUGGCCCAAACCAAAUUCGUAUUGUCCAAGGCUCUCCAAGCUGGUUUGCGUCCAAUCGUAGUCAUCAACAAGAUGGAUCGUUCCACUAUCCGUGUCGAUGAAGUCGAAAGUGAAAUCUUUGAUCUCUUUGCCACUUUGGGUGCCAACGACGACCAACUUAACUACCCAACACUCUAUGCAUCUGCUCGUCAAGGUUGGGCUGUCAAAAAUAGAAAUGAUGAUCAAAAGGGUAUUCUUCCACUUUUAGACACAAUCAUUGAUUAUGUUAAACAUCCAAAGGUUGAAGUUGAUAAACCAUUUUCAAUGUUGGUAACAAAUUUGGAAUCCGAUCCAUUCGUAGGUAGAAUCGUAACAGGAAAAGUAUAUAGUGGUAAAGUCAAGAUUGGUACUCCAUUGAGAGUCAUUACCAACACUGGACAACUUGUAGAGGAAGGAAAAGUUACAAAGAUCUUUGCCAGACGUGGUGUUGAGCGUUUGACACUCGAGGAGGGUGAAGCUGGUGAUAUCAUUGGUAUUGCCGGUUUCCCAACUGCCACUGUAACCAACACUGUCGGUGAUGCUACUGUCGCCGAACCAAUCUACGCACAACCAAUCGAUCCACCCGUACUUUCGAUGUUCUUUGAGGUCAACAACAGUCCAUUCGCCGGAAAGGAAGGUACUCAAUUGACAUCACUCAAGAUCAAGCAACGUUUAAUGAAGGAGUUAGAGUCGAAUGUAUCGAUGCAAGUACAAUUCCAAGGUGAAGGUGCAUUCGAAGUGAAGGGUCGUGGUGAGUUGCAACUCGGUAUUCUCUUGGAGAACAUGCGUCGUGAAGGUUUCGAAGUUGCAGUAUCGCAACCACGUGUAGUCUUUAAGAAGGAUCCAGAAACAGGUGCCACACUGGAGCCACAAGAAGAAGUAAUUAUCGACGUCGACGCUGAAUACUCUGGUGUCGUCAUUGAGAAGCUCUCAAAGCGUAAGGGAGACUUGAUCGAAAUGAAACAAUCCAUGGGUAAAGCUAGACUUUGUUUCAUGGUGCCAUCGAGAGGUUUGAUUGGUUUGCGUUCAGAGUUGAUCAACGAUACCAAGGGUACCGGUGUAUUCAAUCAUUUGUUCCACUCAUACAUUCCACACAAGGGACCAAUGGCCAACAUGGAAAAGGGUGCACUCAUUUCAAUGUCCGAGGGUGUUACCUCUUCUUUCGCCUUGUCCGGUCUCGAGGAUCGUGGUAUUCUCUUUGUCGGACCAGCCGUGCCAGUCUAUGGAGGUAUGAUCAUCGGUGAGAACAGCAAGCUCAACGAUCUCGACGUCAACCCAGUCAAGACUAAGCAUCUUACAAACAUGCGUACCACCGUAAAGGAAGAAGGUAUCCGUUUGUCACCACCAAAGGUAUUGAAACUCGAAGAGGCUAUCGCUUGUGUCAAGGAUGACGAACUCAUUGAAAUCACACCAAAGAGCAUUCGUUUGAGAAAGAGAGAAUUGGAUAUUGGAAAGCGUCAAAAGGCUGCUAGAGAUAAGAAGCAAUUCUAA